AGUGGGUGUGCCGUGCAGCGAUCUAAUGUGUGAUUUUUGUUGGUGGUGGUAUCAACUUUAUUGUGAUUUUUGUUGAAUUAUACUUUAAAUGGGGGAUCUGACAGUUCCGUCUUGAAGGUCGCAAUGAAUAGAUUUGUGUGGGCCAGCGAGAAUCCGCAGAGUGGCGAAGUGAUCCUGCGGCAACAGCCGGGUGUAGCACUGUACGACGGCGAGAGAAAGACUCCUUUCGUUGGAGGUGAAUUGGUGCUGACUUCGCAUCAAGUCUACUGGACGGGACCAGAGAAACAGCGGAUAAGCUUGCAUCUGAGCCUAGUCGUGCUAAUCGAAGAACAGAGUGGAAGCUGGAGUAAAAGUGCCAAGAUAGUGGUCCACGUCUCCCCACCGACUGACGACAAGCACGUUGGCGUUGUCCAGAGCAGUCCCUUCGACUAUGUCCGGUUAUCCUUCCGCAGUGGAGGCUCGUCGGAGUUUUUCCAGGAAAUGCAAGCAGCGCUGCAGAGAAAAGAUUGGCUGAAGAUGCCCACAGUUGAUUCACGAGGCAAGAAGAUUCGCACUGGCAUUGUCGGCAUUGAGCGUCAAAUCCAGGCCAAGCAUGACGAAGCAGACAAGAAUAUAUCUGCAGCCUUCGAAGAUCUCAGCAAAUUGAUGGAAAUGGCUAAAGACAUGGUGGCAUUGUCCAAGAGUAUUACGCAGAAGUUAAAGGAGAAAGGAAGUAGUUUGACUGAUGAUGAAACAGUCAUGUUCAAGUCACACUUGCUGUCCCUGGGAAUCAGCGAUCCAGUCACAAAAAGUGCCUAUGGAUCGGGUAUGACCUACUACCAAGAACUUGCGAAGCAGCUCGCUGAAGUUCUCGAGGGGCCUGUCCAGGAAAGUGGAGGAAUUCUUUCUCUAACGGAUGUCUACUGCAGGAUAAACAGAGCAAGGGGCCUAGAGCUUUUAUCUCCAGAGGAUCUUCUAAAUGCGUGCAAGGUUAUGGAGUCGCUACAGCUACCAUUGAGGUUGCAUGUGUUCGGAAGUGGGGUCACAGUGCUGAAACUGGCAACGCAAAAUGAUGAAGCAACAAGUACAGAAACGCGACAGUUGAUUGAUGAACAUGGCUCUUUGUCAGCAGAACAACUUUCGCCCCUCGUUCACAUUCCAGUCAUAUUGGCUAAAGAAAGGUUAAUUUGUGCUGAGCAGAAGGGCUUGGUUUGCCGGGACGACUCAGUUGAAGGCCUCAGGUUUUACCCAAACUUGUUCCUGGAGAAAUUGGACUAGAGGACUGCCUAUUUUUUAUGUACAUGUGUGAAUGUAAUGUUGUGUGCAAAGCCGAUAAAGUGUUUCUGUUGAGAGUGCAA